UCUCAUAACAGUAGUUGAGAAAAAUGCCUGCUUCAUGUGCUGCUUGGGGCUGUACAAAUCGCCGCACUAUUGAAAACAGGUCUCGGGGAAUUACUUUUCACAAGUUUCCCAAAGACAAAGAGUUGAGGAGACAGUGGGAAGUAGCUAUACGAAGGCAAGGUUUUUCCGCAAGCGAUUUCUCUGUGCUAUGCAGUGAGCACUUCAAGUCGGAUCACUUUGACAGGACAGGUCAGACUGUCAGGAUUAGGAAUGGAGCUAAACCAUCAGUCUUCAGUUUCCCGACUCAUCAACAAAGACCCGUUGCAACCAGGACUACACAAGCCUCAAAGAAAGCUGAGGAAAGCCUGUUAGUGGACUGUUCUCAGCAUUUCCAAGAGACUGAUCCUCCUCUGCCUAAUGCUGACCACACCUAUGCAUUGCCUGCAUCUCCCACUGGUUUAAAGGCCAGACUCUGUGAAGCCUUGGCUAGAGUGGAGAGUCUGGAGCGAGAGAAGAGGAAUGUGAAGGACCGAGAACGGAGGGCAAAGAGCAUUGUGCAUGAUCUUCUGGAGGAUCUGAAGGGGAAGAACCUCAUAAAUGAAGACUUGAAAGUGGCUCAAUUUCUACUCUGUGACUGGUGAGAAGGUGUUUGUGAUGAUGGAUGCUUGCCACAUGUUGAAGCUGGCUCGAAAUGUUGCAGGCUUACAGUCCAAUAACCAGCAGCACUGGUCAGAUCAACUGGACAUUCAUUGUUCAUCUAAAUGCAGUUCAAGUCAAAGAUGGACUGCAUGCAGCCAACAAGGUAACAGGCAAGCACGUGCAUUUUGAUUCCCAGAAGAUGAAGGUGUCUUUGGCUGCACAGACACUAAGUCGCUCAGUCGCUGUAGCUCUGCGGACAUUAAGAGACCUUGGCUAUUCACAGUUUAAACACUGAAGCAACGGCUGAAUUCAUUGAGGUAAUACUAU